AUGUUUCUGCUCGUGCACAUUCGAGAAGAAGAUAAUCAACCAUUAAAAGAUUUUGAUCCAGCCAUAAAACGUCGACUUAAACAUAAAAUGUUGCAUGGAAUUAAAGCAAUGGGUAGGACAUAUCGUCUAUUUGGAACAUCAAGUAGUCAACUAAAAGAAAUGUCAUUUUGGUUUGCGGCUAUUGAAAACCGAUCAAUAGAACAAGCAUGGCAAGAUUUAGGAGAUUUUUCAGAGAUUAAAAAUGUUGCAAAUUAUGUGGCAAGAAUUGGUUUGUAUUUCUCAACGUCACGUGAAACUGAGAUUUCGUUUAAAUAUGUUGAAAAACCUUUGUCGAAUACGAAGUAUUACGCGAUGAUGAUUGAUGAUGUUGAAACGGAAGAUAAAAAAUACUGUUUUACUGAUGGGAUCGGGAAAAUAUCUUGGGGUGUAGCCGGUGAAAUUGCCAGAAAAUUAAAUAUUCCAUUAGGAUCGAGAGACGAUAUUCCAUCUGUAUUCCAAGUUCGUAUAGCUGGCUGUAAGGGUAUGUUAGCUAUUGAUCCAGAAUCAAGCUUCAAGGAUUAUUACAUUAAAUUCAGAGGGUCAAUGGAAAAAUUUAAAAGCAACAAUUGGGAUUUAGAAAUAUGUGAAUAUAGUCAAGCACUUCCACUAAAAUUUAAUAAUCAAGUGAUCAUGUUGUUAUCUGAUUUGGGUAAUCCGGCUGCUGUUUUUGAAUCAUAUCAAAAUGCAAGUAUGACUAACUGGCAUGAACAAAACGAAAAUGAACGACAGAGAAAUUUACAAUAUUCGAUGGCUAAGGAUGAUUUAUUGAAAAAUAAAAUUCCUCUACCGUUAAAUGAAGCACGUAAUAUGUAUGGUGCGGUGGAUGAAACGCGUACGCUAGAAUAUGGUCAAGUUUUUAUCCAAUACGAAAAUUUCGAUUCAACACAGGGCGAUAGAUUUAUUGUUGUUACAGGCGAUGUAUUAGUGGCAAAAAUGCCCUGUUUGUAUCCAGGAGAUUUUCGGAAAUUGACUGCUGUUAAUGUGCCUCAACUGAAAUCCUGCAUGCGUGAUUGCAUCGUGUUCCCAAUGAAAGGAUCGCGUCCCCAUCCCAAUGAAAUGUCUGGCUCUGAUUUAGAUGGCGAUCAAUACUGGGUUUAUUGGGGUAAACUACUGACAAUAAAAAAGAUGGAUGAUCCUUUGUCAUAUGAGCCUUCACAAAAGAAAUCAGUGCCUACGAUUACAAAUGAAAUUAUCAUUGACCAUAUUAUUGAAACGUUUGGUGCUGGUAGUCAAGGUAUUAUUUGUGAUGUUCAUUUAUCUAUUGCUGAUUGUCAUCCGGAGCAUACGCGGUCCGCUGAUUGUAAAUAUCUGGCUGAAUUAUUUGCACGUGCGGUUGAUGCACCUAAAACAGGUGAAAUCAUAGAAUUAGAUAAAGUUUAUGAAUUGAGAUCGAAACAUUGUCGAGGAUAUCCAGAAUUUAUGAAAAAAUAUGAUCAGCCCAUUCGUGAAUCAAACAGCGUUCUGAAUAAGUUAUUUUUGAGAGCAAAACAUGAAUUCUUUGCACAACGUGAACAUCUCGGUCGGUCAUUGUCACAGCCUCUAACAAGAUCUGUGUUUACUAUCCCAAAGAGUCGUGUACAGCGGAAACCAAGGUCAAGUGCGCAAGAUAAAGAGUUUCAGCAAUGGUGUGACUCACUCGGUAUUCCCAUGUCAGAUGACAAUACUAGUACAUCUCUACCCAAUACUACCUCAGUAAGUAGCAAUACUACCAAAAAACCACGUCAGACUCUCAAUGCUUCAGAGAAAGCGGUUAAUCCGGAGCUUUCUGAAACAUUAUCGACGGAACAAACGAUUUCACCAUCUGAUAAGCGGAGUAAAAAGUCUAAAUCUAUAAAACAGGAUGAAGAAUCUCAACAUUCUCAGUCAUCCUCAGCAAGAGUAACAACAACUCCAGUUGAUUCUAAGUCGCAUGAGCCAGUUUCUGUCUUAUCUGAAAAGCGAAAAAAGCCUGGUGAGAAAGCUGUAUAUUCUGAUAAUUCCAGUGAUCCACCCACAUUAAUCAAUUCUGCAGCGUCAUGCGUUACAUCAAAAGCAUCAGCAAGCGCUUCUUUUAUCGCGGAGAAUCAGCUUAGUCAAGAAAUUGUUUUCUAUGGUAUGACAACGGUCACAAAUCGAAUCAAAUGUAAUCAAGUUAAUAACACUUUCACUGUUGAUCUGGAUGGAAAAUCAUCUGACAAAAAUAAUACGGUGGAUAAACUUCUCCAACUCAUGCUUGGCCACGGAAAAUCGUCACCAUUGGCUGCAGAUACUCACUUAACAUUAGUGAUUUCGUGGGGUAAGAUUUGUUUUAAACUCCAGCAUGCAUCGAACGUAACACUGCCCAAAAAUAUCAGGGAACUUUCCGAACUAAUCAACAACGAGUGUGGUGCUGAAUGUUUGUUGAAUUCAAAUGAUGUGAAAACUGUUACAUCCGGACAAGAGCCACUCAGUAAAUCAGCACCAGAGUAUGUUCUAGCCUGCAAAUGCUACAAUACUUCAUCUAGCGAUAUAUCACUCAUAUUCGAUGAUAAAAAAAAGUUGAAGAAAAUUGCGUUUGUUUCAACGUGGUGGAGAUGUGCUGUUAGAGGUAACGAAGACAUUAUGGAUAGCUUCUACGAGAUCCGUCGCACGAGUCCGUCACCGUCGCAGGGCGAGAUCGAUUCGAAACACAUAUCAUUCUCUCAACACCUGCAAUCGAUAUUCAAGGAUCCCAACUCAACGGGGUUACUAUCGGGUACUUCGCCAAAGAUUAUAAUCGACAAAGCGCUAUUGAAAUCAACAGUACAAGUUGUUUCGUUGCGACGAUUGAUUCGUUAUGAAUACGCUGGUUUAGAUCGACCUCAGUUUAAUCAAAACCCGUUUAAUACACCGACGAAUCUCGACUGUGCCUUCUAUCAAGUUGUUAAUAUUUCAACAGAAAUGAUAAAUGAUAAAAUUCAAACGAGCGAAACAAUUGAAUUUUAUGCAUCACCAAUUCAAAUUGCGAAAAAAUAUGAACCAGAACUGAAACAGUUGUGUGUACUAGCAGAAAAUUAUUUUGACCAACCCAGUGAAAAAAAACGAGCGUGA